AUUAAUUCGUCGUUGGCCAUUAAGAUGACGUAUUCCUAGUUAAUAUAUUCAUGUUUAAUUUUUGGAAUAGGUGUUUUUUGUGACAGAAAACUUGAAAGACGACAAACUGUAUCACCUUGCACAGUAAAUCAUGAAGACGCAUUUAAUUGUUCAAAUGGACUAUGCAUCGACAUCUCCGCUGUUUGUGAUGGUCGUGCGGAUUGUUCAGAUGGUUCAGACGAGACCAGCAAAUUGUGUUCUAGACAAACAUGCCGAAGUUUUGCAUAUCGAUGUAAAUAUGGAGCUUGUGUAGAUAAAAAUGCAAAGUGCAACGGUAAAAAGGAUUGUUUCGAUGGAUCUGAUGAAAACUUACCUGAAUGUAUACAAACCCCUGCAAACAGUACUCAAAAUUCCAAUGCUCCAUCUAAAUGCCUCGAUGACCAGUAUAAAUGUAAAUCUGGUCAGUGCAUUGAUGGAACAUCAAUUUGUGAUGGAAUUCUAAAUUGUGGAGAUGGGUCUGAUGAGACUUUUGAAUUAUGUAAAACAGUUCGGUGUCCAAAGUUUACAUUUCGAUGUAAGUAUGGGGCUUGUAUCAGUAAAAAGAAUAAAUGUGAUGGCCUAAAACAAUGUGCAGAUGGAUCUGAUGAAGAACAAUGCCCGGGUUCUAAUAAAAUCACUGUACCAACAACACAAAAACCAACAACACCCACUACUGAAAAAAUGACACAGAUUACUACAAAGGGUUUAUGCGUUUUACCAACUGUCGAAGGAGUUAUAUAUUCUUACGAAGGUUCAAAUGAAAUUUUAUCUCACGGGUCAAAGGUUGAUAAUUUUCGAAAUGUAAUUGAAAACUGUGAAGUUGGAUAUCAUAUGGCUUACCCCAAAAGUUUUAGGUUUUGUCAGGGAAAUGGAAAAUGGACAUCGACUGUUGAAAAACUAUGUUUCAAAAAGUGUCCGCCUCUAAUAUCAGAUAGUUUAAAUAUUAAAUGUACUCUAAAUGGUAACUAUGCCAAUUGUUCAAAUCCAUCAGUACAUGGUACAAAAGCAAUACCAUCAUGUAAGCCAACACAUAAACUACCAAAUGGAGGAGAAGAGACUCCAAUUGAAUUACGUUGUCAGUCUGAUGGAAUGUGGAAUGAUCAUCUAUAUAAAUGCGUUCCACAUUGUGGUAGACCUUAUAACGCUAGCAAGACAUUGAUCGAUAAUGGUAUCAAAGCUAAAGUUGGAACAGCUCCUUGGAAUGCUGGAAUUUAUCAAUUAAAUAAAGAGAAUUCCAAGUAUGACAUGAUAUGCGGAGGAUCAUUGAUUUCUUCAAGUUUAGUUGUUUCUGCGGCUCAUUGUUUUUGGCAAAAAGAUAUGCUGUCUAAACGAUUAUCAAUUAACGAUGGUCAAUUUAAAAUUGCUGUUGGAAAAUAUGAUAGAGAUUACACUGUAAUUGACAAUGAAUUCACUCAAAUAAUGGAUGUGGAAACAAUUUAUAUAAAAGAAAAUUAUUAUGGAGCUAAUGGAUUUCAUGCUGAAGAUAUAGCUGUUAUCGUGUUGAAAAACAAAGUUUCUAUUAGCGUUGGUGUUUCACCAGUUUGUGUUGAUUGGAGUUCUAGACUUAAUGCACCAAUUGGAGGUCAAGGAAAGAUUGUUGGUUGGGGAAAAACAGAAAAAGACAUAUCAAGUCCUAUUUUAUUAGAAGCAACUUUACCGUACAUCGACCAUGAUUCUUGUCGAAACAUGUAUAAAAACGGAUUUGAAACGUUUGUGACUUAUGAUAAAUUUUGUGCCGGGUCUGAAUUUGGACAAGGGGUUCGUGAAGGUGACAGUGGUGCAGGCUUAACGUUUUUAUAUUCUAAUUCUUAUUAUUUAAAUGGAGUAGUGAGUGUCAAGGAUCCACAUACAAAAAAUUCAGUAGCAGUUUUUACAGAUAUUAAGUUUCACAUUAAAUGGAUUCGUGAACUAUAUACAAAUAACAAUAUAAAUAAUAAAUAAUUUAUUCUCAUUGUAAUCAAAAUCAUUAUUUAAAUAUUUAUGUAUGAUUAGAUUAUUACUUUUGUGAUACAAUUUUAACAGUUCACCUUUGCACAUUUGUUUGUUUAAAUAAAACUUAAUUACAUUCUUA